AUGGACGCAGCCGCAAUCCUGGGAACAGCGCUGCCAGUGGCGGCCCCUGGAAUUAACCUCACAAGUGGCUACACGCCUCCCAUAGACCCGCAGCUGCUCAUGACGACGGAUGACAUAUGCCGGAGCAACGGCUACCGCUGUGAAGUCCACCCGGUCACGACGGAAGACGGCUACGAGCUGACCAUGCACCGUAUACUGCCGGCAGCGCCUUUCAGAGCUGCCAUCUUGGUGAUGUCCGGACUCAUUGGAUGCUCCGACAACUUCUUCGCAUUCGGCAAGAACAAUUCACUGCCGUUCAUGCUCGCCGACGCCGGAUACGACGUGUUCCUCGGAAACCAGCGGGGCUGCGCUUACUCCAGGAGGCACAAGAAGUGGACGCGGCAGGAGCCACAGUACUGGCGAUACACGCUGGACGACGUGGCGCUGUACGACAUGCCGGCGCUGGUGUCGCUGGCGCAGCGGCUGUCGGGCGAGCGGCGGCUCUUCUACGUGGGCUACAGCGCCGGCACGCACUCGCUGUACGCCUUCCUGCAGCUGCGGCCCGACCUGCGCCCCAGCCUCAGGGCCGCCUUCCUGCUGGCGCCCGCCGUCCUCUUCACCAGGCACCACAACCCACUCAUCAGGGCGCUCGCCUCAUUCCCCGACCGCACGCUCAGGGAGAUGGAGAAGAAUGCGGGCGAGCUGAUGGGCCGGACGCGCAGUUUCGUGCAGCUGGUUUGGCAGACCUGUAGGGAUGACUCUCCACCACUCCUCAAGAGAGGCUGCCGGUCUUUCACCAAGAUGUUCUUCGGCCUGACUGCGAACAAAACAAAAGGUGUAAGAAAGUUGGAGGGUUUCGAUUGGGGUCCCAAGGAGAAUAUUCGUAGGUACGGCUCGGAGAAGCCGCCCGAAUACCAGCUGCAGAAUAUCACUUUGCCAAUAGCAUCGUUCGUCGGCCGUAGUGACAGAUACGUCUCACUUGAGGACGCGCAACUGCUGAGCCGUAAGAGUUCGCUCAACCUCGGCGUCUUCGUCAUGCCGCCGGAAGACUGGGACCACUUCGACUACGUCGCGAACACGCAGGCGCCGCGACUCAUCUACGACCGCAUACUGGGCAUGAUGGCCGGCUUGUGACCGGCUGCACCAGCGAACGGCAAACGUCUACUAAGUGUUCCGCUGUUGACUCACAA